AUGAAUUCUUUGAUUUCAGAAGGUACAUCUACAACUACAAUUCCAACUACUGUGUAUGUACCAACUACGGUCACAGACAAACAUAAAGUUACAACAUCGAAACCUGUAGUAACAUCCAAAGCUGAGUGCCCUGUUGGACAGUUUCUGAAUGGUUCAAUAUGUUCCCUCUGCCAGAAACACUUUUACCAAGACAUGGCUGGGCAGCAUUACUGCUUGCCCUGUCCUCUAGGCAAAAAGACAAGUGGAGUAGGAUCCAGCAGCUCCUCACAGUGUUUUGAUGAUUGUAGAGAGGGAACAGAACUUAAACCAGAUGGGGAAUGUGUGGAAUGCCCUCAUGGGUACUACCGCAGUUUUUCAGAGGAUGUCUGCACCCCUUGUGCACCUGGAAUGACGACUGCUGGGAAUGACACUACAGGUGCCUCUGGAUGUGAGAUAAAAAUCUGUUACAAUGGAACAUUCCGUAAUUCUUCAAAUGUCUGCGUUCCUUGCCCUGUUGGAGAAUAUCAGCCAAUGAAUCUUCAGGAGAAAUGUAUGAAAUGUCCCAUAAACUGUACAACAGAAUCAGAUGGAAAAAAUAACAAAACUGAUUGUAUAUUUUAUUGUCCUGCGGGAUAUGAAGUCUUGGCUGCAGCAAAUGAAACCUGUCGAUCAUGUCCACGAGGCCAAUAUAAGAACAACACAAAUGUGUUCAGUAAAUGUUCUGCUUGUCCAUCUGGUAACACAACAGAAAGCAUGAAAACCACCAGCAUCAAUGACUGUUCUAUAAAUAUUUGUAGCAGUGGCCAAGAGAUAGGAAGUAGUGGUGGUUGUGUUGAUUGUGAAAUAGAUUACUACCAGUCCGUAGAUGUACCAACAUCAAAAGACAAGUGUAAAACAUGCCCAUCUUCUACUGGCACAAAACAGAAAAUGUCCAACAGCUCCUCUGAUUGCCUUCCUGUGUGUUCCCGAGGACAGUUUUAUAAUUCAACAUCAAGUGCCUGUCAAGCUUGUCCCAAAGGAACCUGGAACAAUGGGAAUUUCACCAUGAAAUUUGAGGGAUGCACUGUGUGUCGAGUUAAUUAUACCACCACUGGUCCUGGAAUGAUAUCUGAAGAUAACUGCACUCUUUUGUUCUGUGACAUGGGGUUCUACUUUCAUCACAACAGCUGUAUUCCAUGCAGUAUUGGAUAUUACAAAGCAUACAGAGGAAACAUGUCCUGCACCAAAUGUCCUGAUGGAUUUCUUACAACCAAUGAAGCUUCAGUUAGUCCAAAUGACUGCAGUGACCCAUACUGCAUUCCUGGGAAAUACGUAAAUUCUACUGGACAAUGUGAUGAUUGUAUGAUAGGUUACUACAAGAGCGCUACAGGAAAUGACAACUGUACAGCCUGUAGUCGCAAUUCCACCACUCCCUCUAGGGGAUCAACAUUACCCUCAGACUGUUCCAUAGUUGUAUGUGAAGCAGGAGAAAAAAGAAUCAGCAGUAAUAAUACGUGCAUGAAGUGUCCUGUUGCAUACUACCAGCCAAACAGGGGACAAAGUGUAUGUUUACAGUGUUCAGCAAAGCAGACCACAGAACAAGAGGGGACUGUAUAUCAGGCAGACUGUGUCCCCAUUUGCCAACCAGGGGAGGAAUUUAAUUCUACUGUUAAAACUUGUGGGAAGUGUGCACUAGGGUAUUACAAGUCUGCAGUUGGCAACAGUGAGCCCUGUACCAAGUGUCCUGAUGGCAAAACAACACUCACCACAGGUUCUAUUUCCAGUGCUGCAUGCAAUAUAAUGAAAUGUGCGACAGGAUCAUACCAUGACACUAACAUGGGCACAUGUAAAAACUGUUCCAGGAAUUUCUACCAGGAUCAGGAUGGUGAGAUAAGUUGUAAAGCAUGUCCAGGAUCUGUGAAAAAGUUUACACUAUCAGAGGGUUCGAAUUCACAGAGUCAAUGCGUGUCUGAAUGUAGUACUAAUCCAAAUUACUGUAAGAAUGGAGGAACAUGUAAAUCUAAUGAUGUGACAAUAUGGUGUACAUGUAAGGAGAGAUAUACAGGACCCAGAUGUGGAGAGCAAUUUGAACUUACAUCAAACACACCUUAUAUAAUAGGAGGAGCAGUCGGUGGAUCAGCUGCAAUAAUGGUUAUAGCUCUUAUUAUAUGCUUGAUUAGAUGUCUUCAAAGAUCAAAAGAAUCCAAAUAUCCAUCCAAGGAACCAAUGGAAUAUGCUUAUGAUGACAAUGCUUCUCUUUUUGACAAUGGCUCCAAUAGAGGACUGAUUUCAUCAUAUGCCCGAAUGAACCCAUCCUUUAACUAUGAUGAAGACAGCUUCUACGAUACCCGUAACAGGAUGUAUCCACAAGAAGAUAAUACCAGUGUAUAUUGAUGGCAUGAGGCUCAAAGGGAUUACGAUCUUUGACAUUCAUUUUCUCAUCUAUAACUGUAUAUUAAUCAAGUAGUUAAAACAUUAUAUAUUAAAAUUUUACGAUUAUUAUUUUGCUCUUGGAAGUCUAAUUAAAACAUGAUUUCACCAUUACUCCCUAGAACAUGUACAUGUAUGUAUGUUUUAAGUGUGUGGUUGGUUUUACAGUGGACAUUUCAUUUACUGAGAUGUCUCUCUGAUUAUUCUCCAACUAAAGUUUUUGUACUUUAUGAGUGCAUGAUUUAUACUUGAAUGAAGUAAAAUUGAUGUCUUUUUAUGACUGAUUUCUUGCCUGUACAAGUACACCAGAGUGUACAUCUUUCUUCUGAAAAUGUAUUUUUAAUUAAUGUAGGAAUUAAUUGUUUGUGUCUUGUGCAAUAACUAAAUCAAAAGCAAUUUUUUCGAUCAAAUUCAUAGACAAAAACUUUUUAUAUAUUUGUUAGUUGAUGUUCAGGGUUUCAUAUAUGAAUUGAAAACCUGAGAAUCAGAUGGUUGAACAUGUGCAAAAUUUAUGUGGAACAUUCAUGUCAUAAAGCAUGAAAAAUUCUGAAAGACUUCAAAGAAAGUACCGGUUUAAGAAGUAAUGUUCACAUGUGUUAGUGAUGCUGAUGAUUUUUCAUCUUAGAAUUCUCACCGAUAUGAGUUGUGUGUUGCAAGUGUAUAAUUUUGAUAAUCAAACAUUUCAGUCUUGUGUGAAAUUUGAUAGUUACAUGUACAAAUGGUAGAAAAUAUAUUCAGAGUGUAUUAUAUCCAUAGUACCUACAUUGUUAUGCAUUAUUCUAUUGACAUGUAUUGACAGUUAUGAGGCAAAGUAAAUAUAUAUUAAAGUU